AUGACCUCACCACUUGCCGAUGUCGAUUUGGAAAAGAAGCAGUUCCAGCUCAAGGCCGAGAUCAAGCCAUGGCUUCUGAGCCUACUUCGUCCUCAAGGGAUUGAACUCUUCGUCGAGAGAAGCAGUCAGGUCAAGAUCGUGUUCCGAUGCCGCCUGAACACCGUGGCGACGCGUCGCUCGCGGUGUCCGUUUCGAAUAAGAGCGAACUACCAGAAAAACCUCAAGGUCUGGCUGUUAACGGUGACCAAUGACACUCACAAUCAUUCCAUCCAGGGCACCCUGACCACCGUUUCAUGGCUGUUUCGCACUGCACUGCCACCUUCGCUUCCUCGCCAAGAACAGGGUGAGACUCCCCCAUCACCAUCAGCUGGUAUUCCAGUAAAUCUUCAAAGCUAUCAGAAAUGGGUAGGGUUACUUUGA